CCUUGGAGCUACUGUUCAGACCAUGCGGUUCUAGAACCUGUAGGAGGGCACUGGUGUAGAGUCAGGGGCAAUUUACAGGGCACAUCCAGGAUAUAGGAGGACUCAUCUCUGACAGCUGGCACACUCUAGGAACUGGCACCGGAUUCUACCACAACUGGCACUGGGUGAUGCCCUCUUCUCUCUGCCUUCUGUAAACUGCCCAAGGGGCAGCACCAUGUUCCUGCCUCCGGCCAGGAAAGGCUUCUCCAUUGAGGCUUUAGUGGGUCCAGACCGAAGUCCAGAGGAACCUCUCAGACCCACCGCUCUAAAGUACCCAGAACACGGGCUCCCGCCUGCCCCCCUCAGACCUGGCAUCCGGCUUCUAGGGGCCCCAGACCUGGUCUUCCCGGAGCCACCUACCAACCCUUAUGGGCACGGACUGGGGAUCCCACAGCACCGCAUCCUGCACCGGGACCCGCUCAGCUUCUGCCCCUGGAUCCUGCGGCACCGGCUGCCUGGGGAGGAAAAUUCUCCAGAAAACUAUUUACUUCAGGGACCUUUUUCACGAAAACCUAAAAGGAUACGAACUGCCUUCUCUCCAUCACAACUUCUGCGACUAGAAGGAGCCUUUGAGAAGAAUCACUACGUCGUUGGAACAGAAAGAAAACAGCUUGCAAACAGCUUGUGUCUCACAGAGACCCAGGUAAAAGUGUGGUUUCAGAAUAGAAGGACAAAACACAAGCGACAAAAAUUAGAAGAGGAGUGUCCAGAAUCUCAACAGAAAAGAAAAAGCAGCCAGCAUAUCAACAGAUGGAGAGUGGCGACAAGUCAGAACAGCCCCAAGGACAUUGAUGUCACAUCCGAUGACUGAUAUCAUCUGUGUAAUAGACUGCACAUGUUACGUGAAGACGGACUAUCUUGUCACGUGAUGAGGUGUCAUCUGCGGGAGACUCUCUCUUUCAGAAACUGUUCUGCAGUAUGGACAUUGGACAAUGCACUUGAGUCAAAGUCUGUAAUUUCACAUCUUUUGACUGGAGUCUCUGGCCAAUUAUUUUGUCCUAAAAUUAUGCAAAAGACGCAACCACACCCCAGAGCUCCAGUGAUAUGUCUACAACUACAGUCCAUGAAUGCCAAACCAGAUGAACGCAGCUGAGAACUGUCUGGAGGGUAUAGCAAUAAGACAAAACUUUUACCUCAGGAAUCCCUAUUGAGUACCAGAUAGAGCAAAUGUAAAUAUAUAUUUAAACAUGGAAGAUGUGGCCAUAAAAGGAGACAAAUUCAUAUUACACCUGUUGACGGUUGUUACCGAAUUUAUUUAUUAAGUCGUGUACAUAUUCCUCAGGAAAACAUUUUGAAUAUCUAUUAAAUUGCAACAAUGCCUAAAAAAGCAAUAUCUUUUCUUACAUUAUAGAUAGCAUUCUUAGCAGUAAGUGGUGUCUUCUCCCCACAAUGCAUCAUUUCCCUAUAGAUUUGCUAGUUGACUUUUAGUUUACCGGUGUGGCCAUUUUGAAUUUCUGUUCAGAUCAACCAAGGUCGAAAAAAUAAUUGCACUUUUUUAUUAUCAAGUGUGACAACCCAUCUCUUUUUCAUGGAAAU